AUGAGCCGCUUUCGUGGCCUCUUGAAAAGUGUACUGGUCUCCUUAACAAUCAUUGGUACGUACCAACAAGUACAAAUCAAGUGCUAUGACUGUGUGACUCCACUUGGAGUGGACGAUGCGACCGAGUUCUGUAAUGCCAGCUUGUACUGCAAAGGGAUGUACUGCACCAAAGGACCGGACGCCUUGUCAAACGGAAUCUACCACGGAUGCAUGGACAACCCGCCAAUUGAUACAGCUGGAGCUACCUGCAAAGUUGUCACAAACUCCCUGGGCACUCACUCCAAUUGCUUCUGCAAGAACAUCGACUUUUGCAACGAGACACCAGCAGCCCGUGAGAGUCACCUAUUACUCAUCUUUGUGCUCAUCAUCCUGACCUUUUUCUACAUUUUCUCACAAUAAAGCAAAGUGAAUCUGUUAA